CUUACAUGUUCAGCUGUUGUACGUGGUGAUAAUACGUUUGAACUCAAAGCUGUUGACUGCACUUUCAAGUACUGGACAGUUUGUGAUAUAUCUGGAGUAAUCAAGCAUAUGCGACUCACAGACACGUAUCAGUCGGCCAUCAGUAGGUGUGCUUCGUUAAAUGGUAAAAUACUGAGCACUUUAGAUAAUGUUCAUAAUUUUGAGUUUGGAAGAGAGUACUGGUCAAAUAUCUACAGGGCCAAGGUUCGCAAAUGGAUCACUGAUGAAGUGUUUCAUGAAAUCUGCAAUCAAGUUCAACAAUUCGUAAAUAUUGAUUGUGUAUAUUUAAAAGUGAUAUACAGGAAAGUUAAGUACAUUCCAUUACCUUGUAAAUAUGCAUACAAGGCAAUCUGCAAACCAAAACAACCAGGAGAUCUAGGUGACAUUCGACAUUGUCCAGCUGUUGGUAAUACAGAUAUUUUCACUUGAGU